AUGCGCUCCAGCGAGGGUCGCGUCCUUGAAACCGCCGACGCGUUCCUGGACGACAAGGCCGAUCGACUCUGGAGGACGCGGUCGGCGGCACUUCGCGAACUGGCACAGAAGGUUCGAGACGGCACGGAUCUUGUGCUCCUAUGCGCGGGUAGGAUUGAGUCCUGUCACGGCGAUCUGCUGAGGAAGGGGAUCCUAGCCGUAGCGGCGCAACUCGAGGCCACCAGCAAGAGGAAGCCGCGCUCCGACAAGGGCAAGCCGAGGGGUCCUCGGGGGCCCAGGGCCGAUUCGGUGGAGACGGCGGCCCGCAUGGGGGGUGCGGGGAGGCGCAGGACCGCGCUGCGGCUCGGCUACCGCGCGCUCGACUCGGCCUACAUCUACGGCGGAGAGAAGACGGAGCCGGAGACGGGUGCGGCCCUCGCCGCCGCGCUGGAGGCGGGCGAGGCCAAUGGGUCCUCGGAGAGGGAUCUGGAUGCCCUGGCCAUGUCGCUCUCAACCUUCGACAUCCAUGCCGACCUCCUCGCUCUCGAUGGCACAGGCGAGGUCGCCUCUCCUCGCAUGAGCGCCUCUACGGCCUCAUACUCGGAGUCGGACGCCACUUGA